UAUGACGCGAGGAGGCACCCGGCACUCAACGCGCAUGCGCCCCGGGCUGCCUCAACUGUCAUGGCGGCGCAAGAUGGCGGUGGUGGAGACCGUUGGGAGCCGUUGAAGGCCCGAUGAAGAGGAGAGACGCGGCGGCGGUGGCGCCGGGAGGGCAUGGGCCUGGUGGGGAGCCGCCUCUGGAGGGGCCGGGAGGCGUCGGGAAGGGGCCCCGCUGAGGGCGGGCGAGCGGAGGGGGGCUCCCGGCGGAGCGGAGCAGGAGCCGGAGCGGGCAAGCGGAAGCGCGGGCGGAGGAGGGAGCGCGCCUCGGAGAGCGACGACGAGAAUGGCGAGGAGGACGACGACGAGGACGACGACGAGGAGAGCAGCCGCAGCCAGGAGAGGCUCCUCAACACCCCCCGGAGGAAAAAGCUAAAGAGCACUUCAAAGUAUGUCUAUCAGACUCUAUUUUUGAAUGGCGAAAACAGCGAUAUUAAGAUUUGCGCUCUGGGAGAAGAAUGGAACUUGCACAAGAUAUACUUAUUUCAGUCUGGCUACUUCUCCAGUAUGUUCAGUGGUUCUUGGAAGGAAUCGGGAAUGAGUACGAUAGAACUGGAAAUUCCUGAUCAGAAUAUUGAUAUAGAAGCUUUGCAGGUGGCAUUUGGUUCGCUUUAUCGAGACGAAGUUCUGAUCAAUCCAAGCCGAGUCAUUGCUCUCCUGGCUGCGGCCAGCAUGCUGCAGUUGGAUGGCUUAAUGCAGCAGUGUGGAGAGACCAUGAAGGAAACGAUCAACGCGAAAACUGUCUGCAGUUACUAUAAUUCUGCAGGGACAUAUGGAUUAGAGUCCUUGAAGAAACGGUGUCUGGAAUGGCUUUUGAACAACCUGAUGACUCACCAGAGCAUAGAACUCUUCAAAGAACUCAGCAUAGGCCUCAUGAAACAGUUGAUCAGCUCUUCUAACCUGUUUGUCAUGCAAGUGGAGAUGGAUGUCUACACUGCCCUCAAGAAGUGGAUGUUCCUUCAGCUGGUGCCUUCUUGGAACGGAUCACUAAAACAACUCCUAAGUGAAGCAGAUGCCUGGUUUUCUAAGCGCAGAAAAGAGUUUGAGGACGGCGUUUCGUUCUUGGAAACCGAACAAGGCAGUGCGUUUUGGAUGGUGUUCCGGCACCUGAGGCUGCAGUACAUUGUCAGCGACCUGGCAUCCGCACGGAUUGUCGAGAGGGACAACCUGAUUCCCGCAGAGUGGCUGUCCGCUGUUUACAAACAGCAGUGGUUUGCCAUGCUCAGAGCAGAACAGGACAAUGACACUGGGCCUCAAAAAAUUAACAAGGAGGAGCUCGAGGAAAACAGCAUGCGGUGCGGCAGAAAACUGGCCAAGGACGGCGAUUAUUGCUGGCGAUGGACAGGCUUCAACUUUGGCUUUGACCUGCUGGUGACCUACACCAACCGCUACAUCAUCUUCAAGCGCAACACCCUGAACCAGCCCUGCAGCGGCUCGGUCAGCCUCCAGCCCCGGAGAAGGAUCGCUUUCAGGUUGCGCCUGGCCUCGUUCGACAGCAGCGGGAAGCUUAUCGGCAGCAGGACGGUGGGAUAUCAGAUUCUGACCCUUGAAAAAGAUCAGGAGCAGGUGGUGAUGAACCUGGACAGCCGGCUGCUGACCUUUCCUCUCUACAUCUGCUGCAACUUUCUGUACACUUCUCCCGAGAAGAGGAAGGAGAACGAGGAGUUGCCGGAAAACCCCGAAACCUGAGGCCGGUCCCCUUGGGGGACUUCCUUUGCAUAUCAGAUUCGGAUGAGCCUCUGGAAUUCUGUGAAGUUGGGAAGACUGUAUUAGAGAAGUAUUUUAUCUUUCUUGCCCAGUAGAGAAAGAAUUUAACUUGAGCUAAAGCUACGUUUGAAAUGCGAAAAAGCCUAUCUAUAAAGUCAAGGAUACAUGUUAGCUUGAUUGUAAAAUGAUCAUUCCUCUUCCUCGUUCAUGGGGAUUGUUUUUGUUUUUCCCCUUUGUAUUACUUUGUGUUAUUCAGCAGACUUCUUGGUGAAGUAUCUGACUCCGGGGGUUGGUGCUCCUUUCCAUAGACACCUCCAAGGACAUGAAGGCACGGAGCACCGUUACUGAAUCCCUCGUGUAAUAUAUUCUGUUUCGUUUCGAGGUGUAUAUUUUGCGAACAGAGGAGACGUCGGAAGUUUUUGGUUUUUAAAAAUUUGUUUCGUGGGAUGUGCAGAAGCAAAGGCAGAGGUCACGUAAUACGUGGGAAGGCUCUUCAUGUGGGAGCAUGGUUUUGACAUGCCAUUCAAGGCAUGUAUAUCCCCCAUAGAGAAAUUUGCCAAGUCUCAACCUCUUGAAAAAGCCUGAAAAGCUUUUAUUUAAAACCGUUGGAUUCUGUUUGCUAAGGUUCCACUCUAUUGUGCAAAGAACUAUUGGUGUUAAAUUCUGGAUUUUUGGAAAUCUGGGUUCCUCUGUUUUCGUCUCUGGAGAGGAAUGUUGGACGGAAAGCCUUGCAUUGAGACUCGUAUCUCCGCGAUGUGUCUCGUGUGCAUUAGAAGCACACAGCAUUGGCGUAUCGUUUUGCCUUCACGUUUUUCCCAGAGCCAAACCCAAAAUAAUAAUAAUAACAACAAAACAAAAGGGCCUUUCAGCAUCGAUUCACCUUGUAUCUCCAUCCUGGUUCCGCUCAGGAACCCGCACACUUCAGAGUGCCUUUUUUUUAAAGUUGCCUGCACAUUCACACCUUUAAAAAAUUUAUAUUGUUUUAAAAUAAUACUUGAGAUAAGUUUUACCCUCCCAAAAUAGCUACCAGAAUUUAAAAAAAUGGUCCAUUAAAUUGCAAUGUACAUAGCUGUACAUAACUGGCUGGGGGGCUUGCUAUUCAGUUUCUACCGUUUUAUUUGUCGGCAGCCGAUUUUGUAAGAUCCGAUUCUAUACCGUUUGUAUGCCAUGUAGAUACAAUAACAUGUUAAGAAGGCUGUGAAUAAACCCUGUGCCAACAGGA